AUGAAAUAUCCUUAUGGUGCGUGGAUCCGAGCGGGUGACUUUGGAAAAAGAAAUUUUCCAAGAAAACAAUCAAACUCAAACUCCGGUCCAGGUGAUCCCCCUGGUGCGAAGGUAAUGUCUGCUAAGGAAAAUAGUGGUACCUAUGUACCGCCGGAAGGCAGUCGAGAAUUGCCGGAAUCAGAAACUGGAGGGGAUGAGGCCCUAGCCCUAUUGGUAACUGCACCGAAGUUUCUGCUGAAAAAUAAGGGAAAGAUUGAUGUGGAUCAGUCACAGACGAAAUUGGUACGAGUGUCAGAACACCUAAAAGAAGGAGGCUUUUCAGGGGAGGAUCACAACGAAUCAAACUUAAAGUCAAUAAUUCCUGUUGAGGGUGCUAAUGGGCUGGACGGUGAUAAUGGACUGGAUGAUAUAAAUAGGCGCAAGAAUCAAAAUCACAUAGGGCAGAUGCAUCAAGCAGGAUCCUCAAAGGGUCCAAAUGAGAAGAUGCUGUGGAAACAUUUGUGGAAGAUGAAAGUGCCGCAUAAGGUAAAGGUUUUUGCGUGGAAAGCAUGCAAACAUGGGCUACCUACAUCUCUAAAUCUGGCAAAGAAACAUAUCUUAGGGCAGAGUCUUUGCAGUCUAUGUAAUUCAGAAACUGAGGAUCUGCAUCAUGCUGUGAUAAAUUGUAACAUGCUCAGAGGGGUUUGGAACAAUUUCUUUCCAGAAUUGGUCAACAAUAAUUGCAGUCAAAUCAAGGAAAAGGCACUUGCUUUAUGUGAGACAAAAGAAGUAACAAAGCUGGAUACUUUCUUCAUGCUGCUCUGA